GCGGCGCCGCUGGGAAGAUGGCGGCGCUCAGGGCUCUGUGUAGGCUGCGGGCACCUUCAGGGUCAUGGCUCCCGGGGCUCCGGCUGGGGGCAGCGCCGAGCAGAGGCUCAAAGCAGUGGCAGCCGGAUGUCGAGUGGGCCAAGGAGUUUGCAGGUGUGGUCAUGUACCCCACCAAGGAGAAUGAGAAGUGGGUGGCUCCCUGGAACGACAAGGACCCCCCGGCUGAGAAGAAAGUCUCCAACCUCACGCUGAACUUCGGGCCCCAGCACCCAGCCGCCCACGGGGUCCUGCGGCUGGUCAUGGAGCUGAGCGGAGAGACCGUGAAGAAAUGCGACCCCCACAUCGGCCUGCUGCACCGCGGCACAGAGAAACUCAUCGAGUACAAGACCUAUCUCCAGGCUUUGCCAUAUUUCGAUCGGCUCGACUACGUGUCCAUGAUGUGCAAUGAACAGGCCUACUCCCUGGCGGUGGAGAAGAUGCUAAACAUCACUCCGCCCCUGAGGGCUCAGUGGAUCCGAGUUCUCUUUGGGGAGAUCACGCGGCUUCUGAAUCACAUCAUGGCUCUCACCACCCACGCUCUGGACAUCGGGGCCAUGACCCCCUUCUUCUGGAUGUUCGAGGAGAGAGAGAAGAUGUUUGAAUUCUACGAGCGGGUCUCCGGGGCCCGGAUGCAUGCGGCCUACAUCCGGCCAGGUGGGGUGCACCAGGACCUGCCCCUGGGGCUGAUGGACGAUAUUUACGAGUUCACCAAGAAUUUCUCCAUCCGGAUCGACGAGUUGGAAGAGAUGCUCACUAACAAUCGGAUCUGGAAGAAUCGCACGGUUGACAUUGGAGUCGUAACCGCAGAGGAGGCUCUCAAUUACGGUUUUAGUGGGGUGAUGCUCCGUGGCUCUGGAAUCCAGUGGGAUCUCCGCAAAACUCAGCCCUACGAUGUGUACGACCAGGUGGAGUUUGACGUUCCAAUUGGAUCGCGGGGCGACUGCUAUGACAGGUACCUGUGCCGGGUGGAGGAGAUGCGCCAGUCACUCCGCAUCAUCCUGCAGAGUCUCAACAAGAUGCCCGAGGGGGAGAUCAAAGUGGAUGAUGCCAAAGUCUCUCCUCCCAAGAGAUCUGAGAUGAAGACCUCCAUGGAGUCGCUGAUCCAUCACUUCAAGCUAUACACAGAGGGCUACCAGGUGCCUCCCGGAGCCACGUACACGGCCAUCGAAGCCCCAAAGGGCGAGUUCGGUGUGUACCUGGUCUCCGACGGCAGCAGCCGUCCCUACCGCUGCAAGAUUAAGGCGCCCGGCUUCGCUCACCUGGCUGGCCUGGAUAAGAUGUCGAGGGGCCACAUGCUGGCAGACGUUGUGGCCAUCAUCGGCACGCAGGACAUCGUCUUCGGGGAGGUGGACAGAUGAGCUGCUGGGCCUGCGGGCGGCUGUCUGCAAGCCCCGGUGCAUCGACCCCUGUGCACGGCGCCUGUCUGAGCGGGACGUCGUGCCGUGUGUGUGUGUGUGUGUGCGUGUGUGUGUGCGUGCGCAUCUGUGCGCUCUCGCUGCUCUCUGUGCAUGGGGCUGCGUGAAUAAAGCUCCCUUUGCAGCCUGCUGCGGUUUGGUUCUUAAA